AUGGCCGUUGUUUCACCUAAGAGCUCCAAGAGGAAGGCCUCGGAGGAAGCCGCCUCCCCGGAUUCACAACAGCAAGCUAGCAAGAAAGCGCGCACCGAUUCUCCCGAGAAAGAGGAGGAUGGUCCGCUAGAAAAGACCCCAUUGCGCAUCGUGCCUUUCCCCGAAAAGCCUGCCGUCCUAGAAGAACGCCGUGGAGACAUCGAGUUCCGCGUAGUCAAUAACGAUGGAUCACACGACAGUUUCAUUGUCCUCACAGGCUUGAAAUGUAUCUUUCAAAAACAACUUCCCAAAAUGCCAAAGGACUACAUCGCCCGACUCGUGUAUGAUCGAUCACAUUUGUCUAUUGCAAUCGUGAAACAUCCGUUGGAAGUGGUCGGUCGCAAAUUUGCCGAGAUUGUAUUCUGUGCCAUUUCGUCCGACCAGCAGGUCAAAGGCUAUGGUGCGCAUCUUAUGUCCCAUUUGAAGGACUAUGUGAAAGCCACCUCUCCCAUCAUGCAUUUUCUCACCUAUGCCGACAAUUACGCCAUUGGAUACUUCAAAAAACAAGGGUUUACAAAGGAGAUCACGCUGGACAAAUCUAUUUGGAUGGGCUAUAUCAAGGACUACGAGGGAGGUACUAUUAUGCAGUGCACCAUGCUACCAAAGAUACGGUACCUUGAAAUGGGUCGCAUGCUUCUGAAGCAAAAAGAGGCCGUCCAAGCGAAGAUUCGUGCAUUCAGCCGCUCGCAUAUUGUUCACCAGGCACCAAAGGACUGGAAGAAUGGCGUCAGCAAAAUCGAUCCUCUCUCCAUUACUGCCAUCAAGGAAUCUGGAUGGUCUCCGGACAUGGAUGAGCUAGCUCGCCAACCACGCCAUGGGCCGAACUACAACCAACUCUUGCAUCUGCUCAAUGAUAUGCAAAACCACAGUGCGGCCUGGCCAUUCACCCAACCUGUCAAUCGCGACGAGGUUCCCGAUUACUACGAGGUGAUCCUGGAACCGAUGGACUUGUCCACCAUGGAAGAGAAACACGAGAAGGACAUGUACCCCACUCCACAGGAUUUUAUCAAGGAUGCGACAUUAAUAUUUGAUAACUGUCGACGUUAUAACAAUGAGAGCACUCCUUAUGCCAAGAGUGCUAACAAACUUGAGAAGUUUAUGUAUCAGCAGAUACGAAACAUUCCUGAGUGGUCGCAUCUGGGCGAAGGGCAUUAG